AUCGUCCCUACCAGCUGGAGGUAGAAAGGGGAAUACUUUCACGCAAUCCGCGUUUGCGAAAACCUGCAUCUACCUACGGCUGAUCUUGCUCAAAGUUUCGAAACAGCCGGCUCUCAUUUCGUGGGUGAUCCCCGGAGUUGCCACACUACGCCUGAGUCGACUGCGUUGCAAGCCCCUGAUGCAGCUUCUGUCUAACACAACCUUUCCUCGAUAAGUCCAACGACAAGAUUUCGGUUGCGAAUCCUUUCGUCUCGCUUCCCAUACAUGCUUUCCACCGCAACCUCUUAGCGCCCUAUCCCGUUCCGGGCUUCGACAACGUGGCCCGAGAGUACGAUUGCCGGAAACGAUGAAGAUCUCGUCCGCCGCGACGCUCCUCGGGUUUGCCGCGCUCGCGAUAGCAUCCCGCAUUGUUCCACGAAAUUGGGAUGCAAAUGACUACUAUGUUCUUCAUCUCGAUGCAGACACGGCCCCUCACGAAGUAGCCAGGAGUCUCGGGCUAUCCCACGAGGGUCCUCUUGGCGAACUCAAAGACCAUCACGUCUUUGUCGCCAAAAAGUCGGAACACGAUGUCGUGAAGCGGGAACUGACUGCGAGGCGAAAGAGGCGGUCGCUUGGCGAGAGGCAUGUCCUGGAUGGCGUCCUCUUUUCCGAGAAACAAAAGUUGCGUAAACCAUGGGAGAAGCGCAUCAUACCGCCACGACAGGGUCCCGUGUCUUUGAUGAGCGGCUCCAGAGCGCAACCGGCUGCGGUUGAGGCGCAGAAGCAGCUGGCUCGAACACUGGACAUUACGGACCCCAUCUUCCACGAACAGUGGCAUCUUUUCAACACGGUCGAGGUCGGCCACGACGUGAAUGUCUCGGCGGUAUGGCUGCAGGGGAUCACUGGCAAAAAUGCCACUGUCGCCAUAGUUGACGACGGCCUGGACAUGUACAGCGACGACCUUAGGGACAACUACUAUGCAGAGGGGUCUUACGACUUUAAUGACAAGACCGAAGAGCCAAGGCCGCGUCUGUCAGAUGACAGGCACGGUACCCGGUGUGCCGGCGAGGUCUCGGCCGUGAAAAACAACGUUUGUGGCGUGGGGGUGGCCUACAAUUCAAAGAUCGCCGGCCUGCGCAUCUUGUCCAAGAUGAUCUCAGAUGCUGACGAGGCCGUGGCUAUGAACUACGACUUCCAGCAUAACCAGAUCUACUCGUGCUCGUGGGGUCCUCCGGACGAUGGACGUAGCAUGGACGCCCCUGGCAUCCUUAUCCGCCGGGCCAUGCUGAAUGCGGUGCAGAACGGUCGUAAUGGACUCGGGUCCAUCUACGUUUUCGCCAGCGGCAACGGAGCCCAGCACGACGACAACUGCAACUUUGACGGAUACACCAACAGCAUCUACAGCAUCACCGUCGGCGCCAUCGACAGGAAGGGCCAACACCCGUACUACUCGGAGAAGUGCUCGGCGAGCUUGGUCGUCACCUACUCCAGCGGUGCCGGUGACGCCAUCCACACGACCGACGUCGGCCAGAAUUCGUGCUCCAAUACCCACGGCGGCACCUCGGCCGCGGCACCGCUCGCAGCCGGCAUCUUUGCUCUCGUCCUGCAGGUGCGGCCGGACCUGUCGUGGCGAGACAUGCAGUAUCUUGCCAUGAUGACAGCCGUGCCCGUCAACCUGGACACGGGCGAAUGGCAGGACACUGCAAUUGGCAAAAAGUACAGUCACACAUUUGCAUAUGGUAAGCUCGAUAGCUACGCCAUUGUUGAGGCCGCCAAGACGUGGAAGAAUGUAAAACCGCAGGCUUGGUUCUUCUCUCCCUGGAUCCACGUCAACGAGCGCAUCCCCCAAGGUGACCAGGGAAUUGCCGUCAGCUUUGAAGUUACCGAGGACAUGCUGAAGGAGGCCAAUUUGGAGCGUAUUGAGCAUAUCACCGUCACCAUGAAUGUCGAGCAUGGCCGGCGCGGCGAUCUCAGCGUUGACCUGAUCAGCCCUGAGAAGGUGAUCAGCCACCUCUCAGUCACUCGCAAGGACGACGAAUCACCCAACGGCUACAACGAUUGGACGUUUAUGAGCGUGGUCCACUGGGGCGAAAAGGGCAUUGGCAAUUGGACCAUCAUCGUCAAAGACACAAACGUCAACAGGUUCACAGGCGUCUUCGUCGACUGGCACCUUAAGCUGUGGGGCGAGAGUCGCGACCCCUCCAAGACCAAGCUGCUCCCAAUGCCGACCGAGGAAGAUGACAAUGACCAUGCGGUGAUAGCCACGACCACGCUCCCUGCCACCACGACCAUCCUUCCCACCUCCAACCCGGCUAGCACAGACUCGGGCGUAGCCGUCGUCCCGUCAGACCAUCCUACCCGUCCGGUCAAUAGCAAGCCUACCGAGUCCCAGUCCAUCGGCUUCGACGAUCAACAACAGCAGCAGGAAGAGGAGGAAACCGCUCCCCCGCAACCCUCCCAGUCGGCGCCGCCAAAGAGCAACUGGCUGCCCUCCUUCCUCCCGACCUUUGGCGUCUCGGCCGCCACCCAGCUUUGGAUCUACGGCUCGCUCGUGCUGAUCCUCCUCUUCUGCUCCGGCCUCGGCAUCUACCUCUGGCUUGCCCGCCGCAGACGCCUGCGCAACAACCCUCGCAACAAUUACGAGUUUGAGCUUCUCGACGAGGACGAGGUCGAGGGCUUGGCGGCCGCCGGAGGCCCCAACAGCGAGAAGCGCGGUGGCGCCGGUGCUGGUGGUCUUGUUGCUGGUCGUGAAGGCAGGGUCGGCGGCAGGAAGAAGACGCGCGGCGGCGAGCUGUACGAUGCCUUCGCCGGCGGCAGCGACGACGAGCUUGAUGACCUUGACAGCGAAGACGACUUUGGCGGGCGCGACGACAAUGUCGUCAGCGUCUAUAGGGACCAGCCCUCCGCGUCCGGGUCCGGGUCUGCGUCGGAUGACGGAUCCCCGAUCCGGUUGAGCGAGAAGUUACCUGGUCAUCGGCUGGGCAGUGACGAGGAUGAGCAUCACGUUGUGGGGGACGAUGAGGACGACGAUGAUGAUGACGUGGCCGGUGACCACGCAGCAAGGCCGCUUCGGUAAACUGUCAACCUUUCUAUUUUCACCAUCAUUGCCGCUUUGGAAGGCAGAGGUGCCAGCUAGCGCUCGUGUCUUGCUUCGCUGGUGAACGGGUUCGUAUUUGGGUUUGCCAGUUAUUUGAGGUUAAAUAGAUUUAUCUGUACAAAGGGUUCUUCUACUGGCGCAGGACGGUUUUGUUGCUGUUUGAAGGUUCUGGAUAUUGUCUAGCAGCUAGCUUUUUAGUGUGCAUACUAGCCAGGUAUAACGCAUGACAUUUCGGAGAAGCAAAGUCAAUUCCCGGCUUUUCAAGACUGAUGGGUUCUUCAACUAGCCUGUCCAGCUUUGUUAUGAUGGUUCCCU